GUUUUUCUUCCCUCCUUUGCACAAAGUCGCGGUUAUCUUCUUCUUCUUCUUCUUCUUCUUCUCUCUCUCUCUCUCUCUCUGUUUCUGAUGGCGCCGGAGAAGCAGCAACUCUUAAAAAAGAGGAAGCGAGGUCCUAGCUCUCAAUCUUCUCAGAAGACGAAUCCCAAUUUCUCGAAGAAGCCCAAGAGGGUAGACUCAAAUCCCCUCAAGAAAAAAAGUUCUCUCAUCCUCCCAGGAAACCAUUGGGCGCAAAGCCGAGUCUCCUCCAGAAGCAAAAAAUGGUUUCGCAUGAGCCGUCAGAAGGUGUAAAACAGUCAAAGGAUGAAGCGAGUCGUCGAACGAAGUCCAAGGAAUUGACAGAGGAGAGAAAGAAGAAAAGGAAGGCUAACUACACUCUUCAGCACGAGCUUGCGUUGCUGUGGGAGAAGAUGCGCCGUCGUGAUAUUACGAAAGAAGAGCGGUCUAAGGUAAUAACUGAGGCAUUGAAGAAGAUGAAAGGGAAGAUCCCAGAAAUUGCUGGUUCUCACGUCUCUUCCCGUGUUUUACAGACUUGCAUCAAAUACUGUCAACCGUUGGAGAAAAACAGCAUAUGCGAUGAACUUCGCCCACACUUUCUUACACUUGCACAAAACAAAUACGCAGUGCAUCUUGUCAAUAAAAUGCUGGAUAACGCCAGUAAAAGCCAGUUGGAUGGUUUCAUGUCUUCCCUCUCUGGGCAUGUCGCAUCACUUCUUCGUCAUCAGUUCGGGUCAGCAGUUGUUGAACAUGCAUUCAACUUAGGAAAUGCAACUCAAAAGAAGACCCUGUUGCUGGAACUAUAUUCCACUGAGUUUAGGCUAUUUAAAGGCUUGAGCACUACAAGUGAAGGGAGGUUAGUGGAUUUGAUUUCUAGGCACGGUCUUCAAAAAGCGUCAGUCAUAGAACACAUGUCUUCUGUACUCCAGCCCAUAUUAAAGAAAGAAAUAGUGGAUCAUUCAAUUGUCCAUGCUGCACUCCUGGAGUUCUUUAGCAUUGCUGACAAGUCUAUUGCAACAGAUAUAAUCGAACAGCUGUCUGGCCCAAUUCUUGUUCGUAUGAUCCACACAAGAGAUGGAUCAAGGAUUGGCGUACUUUGUGUCAAGCAUGGAACAGCCAAGGAGAGAAAAAAAAUCAUCAAAGGCAUGAAGGGACACGUUCAAAAGAUUUCUCUUGAUCCACAUGGAAACAUGGUUCUUACUUGUAUUCUGUGUGUUGUUGACGAUACAAAACUUAUAACCAAAGUGAUCAUUCAGGAGUUACAGUCAGGAUUGAAAGAGCUCAUUCUUGAUAAGAAUGGCAGACGGCCAUUGUUGCAACUUCUUCAUCCUUAUUCUUCACGAUAUUUUAGUCCAGAUGACUUGGCAGCCUUGGACUUAACAAUUCCUUCUUUAUCCACUGCUGAGGGCAAAAAAUUGGAAGCUAACAUGAAAACAGACCGUGAAUCAAAACUAUCAGAAACACAUCAGUUGGGUCCUGUAGGCACCGAUAAUGGACCAGACAUGAUGGAUGAUGUUAAAGAUGAUAAUUCAGCCCCUAAGGAAAGUCAUAGUUUGUCAGACAAGGGGAAAAAGGAUCCUUCCUUGCGGCGGUCAGAGAUUCUGAUUGACAGUCAGCUAGCCGAGAUCCUCAUCAAUGCCUGCAUUGAUAAUGCAGCAGAAUUUUUGCAGUCUAAUUUUGCAAAAGAUGUGAUAUAUGAGGUGGCUGUAGGUGGGGCUGGCGGUAUUCUUUGGCAGACCUUGACAGAUAAGUUGGAUGCUCUUCACGUGGCGAUAUCACAACUUGGUGCUGCACCAAAGGUGGAGUUACAGGAGCAUGUUUUUGAGAACUUCCAUUCCAGCAGGGUCAUUAGGAAAUUAAUUUUGGAGUGUCCUCGCUUUGCUAAUACCUUGUGGAAGCUGGCAUUGAAGGAUAGGUGCAAAUUGUGGGCUCAGGGGCACAGUUGCAAGGUAGUUGCAGCUUAUAUGGAAUCGUCUAACCAAGAAGUUAAAGGCCUUGCCUCGUCUGAAGUUCAGCCACUGUUAGAGUCUGGUCUUCUGAAGAUUUUGGACAAGAAGCCUGAAGGACAAAGUUGAGGCAUCAGGAUCAUGCAGUAUCUCAUUCUACAGAACUCAUUUGAACAUCUGAAUGUUUCUAUCUGAUAUUCUUUUCAGCGGCUGCCUAGACCUAGUAAGGUCGUACGAGAUGAUAAGCUGUCACCAUGUGUGGUUCCACACUCGGCUUAACCAUGUUUAGGAAAAUUUUGGCUUAUGAUUAGUUGCGGAUGUGCAUCUUCGAGUUUAAAAUAUUGAAUUUUGGAAUAUAUGUGAUUUAUGGACAAAUAUGAUAUGAAUAUUUACUACGUCCCUUGUUGACUGGGCCACAGAUUAUCUUAUGUUAUCUAUAAGUUUUCCAUAUUUAUGUCAAAAGAUUGCAUUUUCCUUCUUUGAA